AUGUCCAUCCGCCCUGCUACAGAAGCAGACAUCCCCGCCCUCCUCGCCGUCUUCCUCUCCGCCUUCUCCACCUCCGCCUUCAACACCAUCUGCUUCCCAGACGCCGACCCCCUCUCGCACCAGUCACAUCGCGCCCUCAUCGCCUCCAACCUCGCCCACAUCACCCUCCUCGAGCACUCUUCUUCCGACGGCACCACUAAGGAAGUACUAGGCUGGAUGAGCUGGAAGCGCCGCGACGACACGACCCGCCACGUCGUCCGCGCAGAAGACUUCCCCCCCAGCGGCGAUCCAGAACUCGCCAGACGCUUCUUCCAGGCCAACGUGGACGCCGCGUUUCGCCACAUGCAACCGCCGUACUUCCAUCUGAGUAUCAUUGUCGUCCACCGCGACGCGCAGAGUCUGGGCGUGGGAGGACAGCUCAUGCGCCACGGAUUGGCGCGCGUCGAUGAGGAGGGUCUGGCGAGUUAUGUCAACGCCUCACGCGCGGGCAAGGGGUUAUAUGCGCGACAUGGGUUCCAGACGGUGGAGGAGACGCAUUUGGGGGAGGACAUUGCCAUCUGGCAUAUGAAGAGGGACGCGAAUCUUCAUUCUUGA